UUUGACGCGUAAACAACAGGAAGUAAAAUUUUCUAGUUCACUGUAGGCCCGUUUACAUGGCAUCGAUAUUAGGCACAAAACUCCUACGGUUGAGCAAGCGGGCCGAUUAUUUGUACCUGCCCAAGAGGAGGUUCCACUAGUAUCCCAGAAUGCAUUGUGUUUGAUACUAUAUUAUUACUUUUUCGUGACGUCAUCACUUUGGUUUGACCGGCUUAGAGUGCACAACAAGAUGGAUGUGUUCAGACUCGGCAAAUUCUUUUCAAGAUAUUUCAUUAAUGUAUGUUCAUUGUGUUCCAAAAGAUGAUUUUUCUGUUUGUUUACCCGGCCUUGAAGGAGUACGAGUCGUUUUUAUACUCGUUAACGUCAGUUUUUUGGAGAAAUUGAGGAAGAGACGUGUCGCUCUUGUUCCAACAACAAUGAGUGACAACUCUUCGAUGGAUUACUUGAUCAAAAACGUCCGUAGCCCAGCUCUUAUUCGCCUUACUUCAAAAUCUAUUAUAGGAUCUUUCAGGUUUAACAACGCUUUCAAGCAUUCCAUGCAUUCCUUCGUGCAGUAUGAACUUCAUGCAUAAUUAGCAUAACUUCCCAUAAUGCGUUGUGCAAGCCUUCAGGUCUUAACAAGCAUGCUGUCACUCGCUGUCACUCGAACGGAGUUUGUGAUCUUCAUGCCACCUGCAAUAAUGAUUUCUAGGGAUUUCGUCUCCUACCUUGGACUUUUGGCUUUCCUGGUUCAAUUGAAUCUCGCCAUCGGCUUUAAUUGCACCUUUGAUUCGGACACAUGCGGAUUUGUUCAGAGUACCAAUGAUCAGUUUGAUUGGACAAGACAAUCUGGAAGUACAAACAAUCCAGUUUCUGGACCAAACAGUGACCACACUUCCGGAACAGGGCAUUACAUGUAUAUUGAUGUUUCGGGAAGAACACUAGGCGACAAGGCAGUUUUGGAGAAAACUAUUUCUGCCAAUGAAAGGAACUGUUUGGAGUUUUACUAUCACAUGCAUGCAUCACAUGGGACAAUGGGAGAUCUCAAUGUCUAUGUUGAUGGCGUUAGAAGGUUUCAUCUCUCUGGGAGUCAAGAGAAAAAAGCUUGGAUGAGGGGAAAAGUGAACUUUAACUCCACGGGAACACAUAUUGUUGCAAUCGAAGCUACGAAAGCAGACGAGUUUUCAAGCGUGAUAGCCAUUGACGACUUUAACCUCUACACUUGUUAUAAGCCAGAAAACGUUACUCUCAUCCUCGAGACUAACAAACCAGGCAACACAUUCCUGUUUGGAGAGAGGUUGUCAUUCAUUUGCGAAUCAUCAGCAGAGCCAACACCCUGCACAAUGAGUUUUACAUUCCCAGGUGUGAAAGACAGUACGCCAGUUGAAAGCAAAAACUGUUCCGCGAGAUUUGAGAUGCUGAUUCAAAAAUGUGGGCCCGCUAUGCUUUUGUGUCAAGCGGUCAACGAUGAAGGAGCAGGCUUGGCUAGUCAGAUGCUGACGAUCCAAGAUCCUGUCACUCUGGGUAUCAAUUCACAGCCGUCUUAUUUGGAAGGGGCAAAAGUUUCAAUUUUUUGUACCGCAAAAACGAACACAAAAGACGGAUGUCCUCCACCCCCACCACUGACCUGGACAAAGAUAGGAAAUAGUGUUUCCAUCAGCAAAAGCGAUGUUGGCUUCGUUGUUCUGGAAUUUGCAAGCAUUACUAUAGAAAAUGCAGGUGUUUAUCAGUGCACUGCUGAAAAAGCAUCCGCUGGAAGUCCCCUUUUGAAGACUGUUAACGUCAAUGUGUUUCACUUACCAAAGAACGUACAACUUCUGACCAACAAGUCUGAUAACGUUUUCGUUGAAGGAGAUUCCAUUAACGUGACCUGUAACGCAAUCUCCAACCCCAAACCCUGUACAAUAAAGAUAUACUUGCAAUUUAAAGAAAUCUUCAACUCUAGUUCUGAUUGUUCAGCUAGUUACGUGGCAUCGAAUAUCGUUGGAUGUGGAAAGCAGACCUUCAUGUGCGAGGUGUCUAACAUUGUUGGCAAGGCGCAAACUGUUUCCAAGGAAAUAUUUAUACAAGUGCCACCACACCACUUGGCUACAACUCCAGUUGGACAAUCGAGUAAUGAACGAUUAGAGGGUGACCCGUUUACCUUGACUUGUUCUGCAUCCGGCUGUCCAACUCCUAUCUUGACCUGGAUGAAAACCGGAGACCAAGAAGCACUUGCACGCGGGAAUCAAAGCACGUUGAUAUACUCUUUCGGUAGCUUGAGCAGAGAGAACACUGGAUAUUAUAACUGUACGGCUGACAACGGUGUACUGAGACCAGUGACUACAGCAGUGUAUCUUAACGUCUUGUAUAAACCCAGCAAUACGAAAAUCACCACCAACAGAUCAAGCAACGUAUUUGUACAAGGAGAAUCAUUGGCCUUGUCGUGUCAGUCGCAAGCGAACCCUCAGCGCUGCUCGGUCACCCUGAAGCGAGGCGUCCAGACACUGAGUCAGCAAACUAGGGCGGAUUGUUCGUUAAGUCACGUGAUAACAAAUAUACAAGGCUGCAAUGAGGUUCUUUUUGCUUGCUCGGCAAGUAACACCGCGGGGAAUAGUGGCGAUAUUAAAUCCAGCAUUAUUGUGCAAGUGCCUGCAGUAAUCACUAUAACUCCAGCAGGAGGUAAUGUAGUCAGGAGUGAAAGUUUUCCAUUAGUUCUAGCCUGUAACGCCAAAGGCUGUCCAACUCCUAAUGUCACGUGGUCUAAGAUAGGAACUGAGGUUUCUCUCGCUAAAGGCAAUGGCGUCGUUCGAUACACUAUUGGUAGCUUACGUAAAAGUGAUUCAGGGACCUAUCGAUGUGAAGCAGACAACGGAAUCGUUGGACGAUCUGUCUUUAGUACAAUCGCUGUCAAUGUCACCUAUAAGCCAGAGAAUACCAUACUCACCACGAAUAAACCCGGCAACGUAAUCCUGCUUGGUGAAUUGCUCGAACUCACCUGCAGCUCCACAGCCAAUCCAAAUCAAUGCUCAGUAGUGUUUCUGAAGGGAAAUGUGACAUUGGCUACGAUAAACAGCCACACUUGCACCGCUAAAUACGUCUUGCGGAAUAAAAACGGUUGCAAUUUGGAAACAUUUUCCUGCUUUGCGUCCAACUCCAUUGGAAGAGGGUCAUUGGUGCAUACAAAUGUAACUGCACAAGCACCUGUCACAAUGAGCAUUUCUCCAGUCAACAACACUCUUGUUAUGAAAGAAGGAACAUCCCUUGAUUUAACUUGUAAGGCAACAGGAUGCCCAACGCCAAAGAUCGUCUGGAAAAAUUCCCGUCAUGCUAAGUCUUACAUGGAAGUCACUGGACAUUAUCUGGCGCAUAACUUUACCAGUGUUGACAAGCAACAUAUAGGACAUCAUAUUUGUAUUGUGGACAAUGGCAUUGUUGGUAGUCCAAUCAAUAGAUCAAUUUUCGUUAACAUUACUUAUGGGCCAUUUAUAAAAACAUUGCCUACACAACCAAAAGUCACACUGUACGAAAAUGAGCAAGUUGAUUUUACCUGCGAAGUGGAUUCAAAUCCUCCUGCAGUAACUAUCUGGACUAAAGACACAGACAACAGCAUAAUAGCACGAGGAGAACGGCUUAAAAUAUCGCCUGAACAGAGUGUUGCGGGAAACUACACAUGUACAGCUACUAAUGGAUAUGGUUUGACUAAGAGGGCAACGUUCACUCUUAUAGUUAAAGCUUGCCAGAACAAUAAAUGCAAGUCCAAUACCUCAUGCAUCAGUCAAGGUACCACAUACUACUGCAACUGUCCCAAGGGACUCACUGGAAGACUAUGCGACGAACUAGAUCCAUUCAAAUCCAAAUUCACCAUAACACUCUACAUAGUUAAUAUCGAUUGGAUCGAAGACUAUAAAGACACAGGAAGCCCAGCGUACACACAGGUCGAAGACAAAAUUUGUUCGGAGAUGCAACGCCUCUUCAGUGAUGAACUUUCCAAAUGCGAACUCAUAAGUCUACGUAAGGGAAGUGUUAUUUCUGAAACCCGACUGACUUUAAAACAAGACAAGUAUAGCAGUGAAGUCCUUGGCGUCGUCAAAGCAGAAACAGUCAACGAUACUUUGGGACCCUUGAUUCUCGACCAAUCAGCACUGAUCACAAGAGUUGAGCCUUACAGUUCAUUUUGCGGUGAACAGCCAUGCAAAUUCGACGGCACGUGCUACGAACAAGGAGACGGAUACAGAUGUGAUUGUAAACUAUUUCGGUUUGGAACACAGUGCGAAAAAGGCAUUGGGUUUAUUCCUGGGGUGGCCGUCAUCGUUAUUGGAAGUAUUCUCUUAGUAGUCAUUAUUUGUUUAAUCGCUUAUUGCUGGAGACGAGCCAAGAGAGGCACCUUUGCUAAAGAAUCUGAGGAAGUACAUGUCAAAACACCUCUUAAAAAGGAAACAAAAUCGCCACCUGAGGAUCACGACAUGUCUGUCAACAACGUUUAUGUCAGCGUUGCACAAGACGACAAAGAUGACAAAGAAACCGUAACUAAGCAACCACUACCGGAAGAUCCCUAUGACGAAGCGACGAAGCUUUGACUUGCUCAACGAGCAAAAUCUUUGAGAAAGAAUAGAGCCUUAAAAUGUCGGUUCGUUUGCUUGAAUAGAUGUAAAACAAAUACUUUUUGUGUGAAAAUUAAAAAUUGAAAUGUGGCAUGCGUUUGAGAUUCAUACAAUGUAUAUAGUCCAUCGUGCAAAUUUAUAGAAACAACUCUGCAAAAACUGUAGAUAGUUGAUAGUGAUAAUAGUAAGAGGAAGAGCUAAGGAUACUUAUAUUUGAAACUAUCGAGAAAAGAGAAGGACAGAAGGAAAUAACAUAACGAUAUAUGCUAAAAAUAAAUAAUUUUGGUUAAUAAAUAAAUCAAAGG